AUGGCGCCAUCGAGGGGUCUGACUAUGUCGAGCUCCCAAGCCGUCUUCUCACGAUGUGCAUGCCCGAUUCUUGGUCGGCCUGCAGCUCGUCGCAGCUUCCUUGGGUUUUGGACAGCCAGGUCAGCGACUUCCUCAAUCCAUUCGCUCCUUCCUCAGCUACGACGCACACUCAGCGCCGGGAGUUACUCGUCCUUCACCGACAAGCUCGCCGACCCCGCCAACAAACUGCAGAGCUACAUAUCUCGCAGCGACGACCCCUCGCUCAACCUCUCUAUCGAAGACCACAUUCUCCGCAAGAGUCCUGCCGACAGCACGGUUCUAUUUCUGUACGUGAACAGGCCGUGUGUCGUUAUUGGGCGUAACCAGAACCCUUGGACUGAGGUCAAUCUGGGAAUCCUCAGUGCUGCACGCGGGGAACACGACGUCAAAGACAGCGAGCCACCAGCCAUCGGUACUGUCGACCUUGUACGCCGCCGCUCAGGUGGAGGCACCGUCUUCCAUGACGAGGGCAACCUCAAUUGGAGCAUUACAUGUCCCCGCAGCGACUUCACGCGCGACAAGCAUGCGGAGAUGGUAGUCCGCGCUUUGCGGAGGCUGGGUAUCGACCGCGCCAGAGUUAACGAGCGACACGACAUUGUUCUCGACCAAGGGCAUGAGAAACACACGGCCGACCCUCAGGACACGCAUCGCACACCCUAUACCACCGAUCAGGGUGGACCAAGACCCCUCAAGGUUUCUGGCUCAGCAUACAAGCUCACACGCCAGCGCGCCUUACACCACGCGACGACGUUGUUGAGCUCGCCGAAUCUGCACAUCAUAUCAGACUACUUGCGAUCUCCGGCCAAGAAGUUCAUACAAGCUCAGGGUGUCGAAAGCGUUAGCUCACCCGUUUCCAACAUCGGUCUUGAGGUAGAACCAUUCAAGCGACGUCUGCAAGACGAGUUUGCCUCAAUGUAUGCCGAACUCGGAAAUCCAAGCAUAGUGGAAACUGUUGGCGAAGAGCACCUAAACAUCCCCGAUAUCCGGAAGGGAUAUGACGAGCUACAGACGGACGAGUGGAUGUGGUCUCAGACUCCACGCUUUAAUCUUAUGCUCGACCCCAAGGACGACAUCGGCCUCCAGAUGGAAGUACAUCAUGGUGCAAUCAAGAGCUUGGAAUUUGAGGGGUCCGACCUUUCAGACAACGCUCGAACGGCUCUCCGGACUGCGCUGGUUGGUAUGAAGCUGCAGCAUGUCUGGAACUCAAACAUGUUUCGGCAGAUCAUCGAUCAAACCCAGAAUGACCAGCUUGCGAUUGCAGCGAGGCGGCUCAAGGCGCUCCUUCCCGUUCCCAGUCUUCUCAAGCGUUGA